AUGCCCUCGCCUCUGGCCCUGCGGCCCUACCUGCGGGGCGAGUUGUCCCCGUCCCUGGACUCGCGGCCCUGCAGCAGCCCUGCCGAGCUCCCCGGGAAGGCAGGGAAGCUCCUCCUGGCGGCCACUCCUCCCCGGGUCCCGCGGCUGCCUCGCCGGCUGGCCUGGUGCUCUAUAGACUGGGAGCAGGUGUGCCUGCUGCAGAGGCUGGGAGCUGGAGGGUUUGGCUCGGUAUACAAGGCGACCUACCGUGGUGUCCCUGUGGCCGUGAAGCAGGUGAACAAGUGCACCAAGAACCGACUAGCAUCCCAGCGGAGUUUCUGGGCCGAGCUCAACGUAGCAAGGCUACACCACGACAACAUAGUGCAGGUCGUGGCCGCCAGCACGCGCUCGCCGGCGGGCUCCAACAGUCUGGGUACCAUAAUCAUGGAGUUUGGUGGCAGUGUCACUUUACACCAAGCCAUCUACGGCGCUCCCGGCUACACUGAGGCGGGGGAGCCUCACUGCUCUGCUGGAGAACACUUAAGUCUGGGGAAGUGUGUGAAGUAUUCCCUGGAUAUUGUGAACGGCCUGCUCUUCCUUCACUCGCAGAGCAUCGUGCACUUGGACCUGAAGCCGGCGAACAUUUUGAUCAGUGAGCAGGAUGUCUGUAAAAUUAGUGACUUUGGUUGCUCCGAGAAGCUGGAAGAUCUGCUGUGCUUCCAGACGCAUCCUUACCACCCAGGAGGCACAUACACCCACCAAGCCCCGGAGCUCCUGAAAGGAGAGACCAUAACGCCCAAGGCCGACAUCUAUUCCUUUGCCAUCACCCUCUGGCAGAUGACGACCAGGGAGGUGCCUUACUCGGGGGAGCAGCAGCACGUGCUCUACGCCGUGGUGGCCUACAACCUUCGCCCGCCUCUCUCGGCCGCUGUCUUCAGCAGCUCUCUGUCUGGGCAGCGACUUGAGGACAUCAUUCAGUGCUGCUGGAGGGCCUGCGCUUCUCAGAGGCCAAGUGCAGAGCUGCUCUUGGUGGACCUUAACUCUUUAAAAGCGGAAUUUGACUGA